AUGGGCGGCUUUGGCGGACGCUUCGGAGGUGCCGGAGCCGGUGGAUUCGGUGGCGCCGGUGCUGGUGUUGGUGGUGGAAUGGGGGGUCUCGGCGGCUUCGGCGGCAUGAACGGCGGAAGGUUCGGAGCCGGUGGACUCGGCGGUGGCUUGGGAGCCGCAGGGCAGUUUGGCGGUGGCGCGGGUCAGUUUGCCGCCGGUGGAGCGGCACAGAUGGACGAGUAA